AUGGCGCCGGCGAGGGCUAGUUCGUCGGAGUACGACUACGUCAUGAAAAUCCUUCUGAUCGGCGAUUCCGGCGUGGGAAACAGUAGCCUCCUCGAAAGUUUCUCAGGCGGUGAUUCCUCUUCCUCCUCCUGCACAAGUUUCAUCACAACCAUUGGAAUCGAUUUCAAGACCCGAACCGUCGAGCUCGACGGGAGACGAGUUAACCUAAAAAUAUGGGACAUAGCUGGUCAAGAAAGGUUCAGAACAAUCACUUCCGCGAGCUAUUACCGCGGAGCCAUGGGGAUUGUGUUCGUUUACGACGUCACGGAUGAAUCGUCUUUCGAUGACAUUAGGCACUGGAUCCGCAACAUUGAUGAGCAGCAUGCUUCUUCGGACAAGGUGUGUAAGAUUUUGGUCGGGAAUAAGGCGGACGUGGACGAAACCAAAAGGGUUGUCUCGACGGCUCAAGGUCAAGCUCUUGCGGAUCAGUACGGUAUCGAAUUCUUCGAGACGAGCACAAAAACAAAUGCCAAUGUGGAACAAGUAUUCUUUUCAAUAGCCAGGGAUAUUAAGCGAAGGCUCCACUCAGAAGCAAUGUCUAAGACGGAGCCUUCAACAACAAAAUUUAAUCAACAACCGAAUCGCGAUGUUGGCCAAGGUGAAAAGGCUGAGGAAUACUUAUUGGGGGACGUCGCUUACGUCCCUAACGUAAUAUUUCUCGAACUCAGUUUUGUUGGAUACACAUUGAUUGAGGAUAUUGAAAGAAAAAUGUUAAGGCGAAGGUGA